AAUUAGUAGAGAAAAACGGAUGUUUCUAAUAUUGUCAAAACGUUUGAGAGUGGAUAUUUAUGGUAAACACAUCCACACGUACAUUUGCUGCAUUAGUCCGUUCAGACUAAUGACAGAAUUCUUAAAAUAUAAUACAUGAAGAUACCCUUCUACAAAACAGAUGAUAUUUCAUUCGAGAAUACAAGCUGAUUUUGCCAAGAUAAUUCUGUUAUACAUCUCAAAAAUUAACUAUGAAAUUCAUUUACAACAUCGUCGCCAUCAUUCUUCUUUGUGUUGCACUUGAAGGGAAAUGUCAAGGUUCAUUGAUAGGAGAUAUGGUGCAAAACACAGAAAAUAUGACUGUUUUAGAAAAAUGGCAAAAUAUGGAGAAAAACCUCAAAAAAGCUACGAGUGAGGUAAUCAAAAUGGCUCUACCCCACAUAAUGAAAGCUUCCGAAAAUUUGAAUAUUUCUUCGCAAUGUUUGCUAGAAACAAUGAAACUCGUUAUGGGUUUAAAGAACCUUAAACCAUGGGCCUUCAAAUUCAUAGAUUCCAGUGCCAAAAUGGUGGAUGGUCUUCUCGUUGGCUCGGUGUCUUCUCUUGGAGUAUAUGACGAAUGCCUCAACACUGAAGUCAAGAGCGAAAAGGGAAAAAAUAAAGAAGAUGUCAUUUUCAGGGGAAAGUAUUGUACGAUAGACAUCAAACCACCUUUACCCCCCAAAGCAAAAUUCUACUGGAUGCAUGAAACCAUACCUGAGUUGAGGAAUUUGACCUUGAGUGGAACUGUAAUGGGUGAAAUGGCGAAAUAUGCCGCUUUCUUUUACUUUAUUUCUCUAAAAAUGAGUAUCUGUGUUCCGUCGGGUUGCAUGGUUGAAGAUAUUGAUCAAGUAGCUCAAAUGUUGGGAAACUACCUCAUGCUGGAAGUCAAAACAUCUCGAUGCGAAGUGAAAGAAGACCUACACUUUACCAAAACAAAUAUUUGUGUUAUGUUCGUUUAUUGUUUCUUUGGAUUUUUGGUACUCAUUGGAUCAUUAAUUGACAUGUAUUCAUAUUACACGGGCAUUGUUUUUAAACGUACUUCUGUGAAAUUUUUCUUAUCUUUCUCGUUCAUAUCUAACUUCAAAAAGUUCGUCAACACUGAGACCACAUCGAAUAAUAACUUGAAUUGCUUGCAUGGCAUUCGGUUUCUGAGCAUGUCCUGGAUUAUUCUUGGGCAUACUUAUUUUCUUCUAAAUAUACAAGCAACUCAAAAUCUUGAGAGCGGACGGCACUAUGGAGGAAUGUUAGCAUUUCAAGCUAUUCUCAAUGGCACAGUUGGAGUUGAUACAUUUUUCUGUAUAGGGGGAAUGUUGUUAUGCUAUUUUACUAUAAAAAUAGUCAAAAUAGAAGGAAAGCCAUUUAAUAUUGUGAUGUAUAUUGUUCAUAGAUUAUGGCGGAUUUAUCCUGUCUACAUAUUGGUGAUUUUAUUCUCCUGUUUUGACUACAUAAUGUCAUCUGGUCCUCUAAUGCAUCAUUUUACACACCCUUAUGUUGAUAACUGUUAUAAAAAUUGGUGGGCUAACUUAUUGUUCAUCAAUAACUUCUAUGCCGUUGAUAAACCGUGUUUGGGGCAUUCGUGGUAUAUUGCGUCAGAUCUCCAACUAUAUAUAGCUGCAUUACUAAUUCUGCUACCACUUUUGAGAUGGCCAAAAGUGGGAAUACUAUUGUCUGUAUUAGCUAUCAUUGCAUCCGUCAUAUUUACAGGUGUUCAAACCUACGUUAAAGAUUUGGCUCCUACGAUGCUUUUUGUACAACCCGAUCCAGCGGAGCGAACAGAAUUUUGGAAGGAUUUGUACUUUACUCCGUUCACACAUAUUGGACCUUACUGCAUUGGAAUAUUAGCUGGUUAUCUCUUAGUCACACGGCCAAAUUUCAAAAUGUCUGCAACUGUUCAAAUAAUCGGUUGGAUUGCUGCAUUUAUCUGUUGUUUCUCUACAGUAUACGGUCCAGUAAAUUGGAACGGUGGAAAAGAGAUAAACUUUUUUGCUGGAUUGAUGUAUGCCAGUUUCCACAGAAUUGCUUGGGCGCUGGGAGUAGCAUGGCUGAUUGUAUGUUGCGCUACAGGACGUGGAGGUGUCAUAAAUUAUAUUCUGUCAUGGAAGAUCUUCAUUCCUUUGGGAAGAUUAACAUUCAUUGCCUACCUCAUCCAUCCUUUAGUACAAGUUGCAUUCAUGGGGAAUCUGCGCCACAUUUUUGUUCCAAGCCACUUGUUUAUUGUUUGGAUUUUCAUUGCUGAUUUAUGGGUUUCUUAUGCUAUUGCAUUCGCCGCAUGUAUGCUAGUAGAGGCUCCUAUGAUGUCGCUGGAGAAAAUAAUUCUCAGAAAAGGCGAUAAAAAAACGGAAGAUCCUUCUUUAGCUCGUAGCAACAGCAUUCUAAAGGGCACACUGAAGCCAGAGAAAAAUGGGGACAUUGCUUUCAUUGUUGUUAGUGAUUCAGAUAAAUCUUUGGGAAAAGACAAUGAAACAUUUAGUAAACUGUAGACUAAUGAUGCACAAAUAACAGUAUGUAUGUAUAAAAAAUUCCUCAGGUACUACAAGGAGUUUUGAACUUUAAUCAAUUUUUCAUGGUGGCUGUUGAAAAAGAUCAUGUGCAGUCAUUUAUUAUUGAAAGCUAAUGAUCUAUUUUAUCAUUAUUUAUCAGCAGGAAGUCUGAUUAUCGCUUAUUUGGGGAAGGUAUUACUUCUAUACCACUUCUUUUAUCAAACACAUAUAUGUAAUUUGAACGCAACGAAAGAAGAAAUUCGAAGAUGCAUUUUGUUUAUUAUUUAAAUGACAGAAGUUAAGGAAGUUUCUUGAAAAAUUAUUUCAGUCAAACUGGGAAGAUUUGAAAUUGUCAUUAGAAGAAAGAAGAUUGGAGAAAUGAUCAUUUUGAAAUAUUUAUUCUUAUGCUUUAAAGAUAGGAAUAGUGUUUUAAGGAUAAUUUUAAAAAUAUUAAAUUUGAAUACACUUCAAAGAUUUUAUGAGAUCUUGGUUGGAUAAAGCAAAAUGAAAUAUCGCCGUUCACUAAAACAAUGAAAAGCUCUGAAAAAGUUAUUUUAAUUUCAUGGCUCAUUUUUUAUUGCAAACUACCAGAUAAUAAUUUUGUUUUAUUGCAAAAUUAUAACUGCAACUAAUAAUUUUCUUUCGGUUUCUCUUUUUCAUCGAUAUUAUUAGAAUAUAUUUGUGCUUUAUAUUAAAAAAAAAUCGUUUGUUUCAACAAUCGCCUUCUUCUUCUAAAUUCUGAAUCUUACAAUUUGACUUUUACCAUGUAAAAAUUUAUAUACAUAUACAU